UGUGGGAGAGGCAAGAGGGGUGUGUGCUCUCAUGAAGCGCUCUUCCUCUUCUUGCGUGGGUGACGACAGCUGCUGUGCAUUCUAGACCGAAUAGAAAAGUUUGCAAAGUCUGAGUUCUCUGCAGCUGCCAACACACACUCACACACACACACACACAUACACACACUCACACACACAUCAGUUUCCUUUCACACAAGAAGCUCUCUCAUGGCUGAAGAAAGGAGGGAUCAGACACACCUUAACCUUCCAUCCAUCUCCAGACAAGGUUUACCCAAGAUGUGGACUCUUCUCCUGGGGGUCACCUUAGGACUUCUGGCCUCCUGCAGGUCAGAGCAACUUCAAGUCAAUUCUCGCAGCUGCAGCUAUGCUGGGGUGUUUCUUGUCGAGGGAGAAGCUCGUCAUUUUCUGACCUUUGACAACGCUUUGAAGGUGUGCAAGCAGCAGCAGAGCAUCAUGGCAACUCACGACCAAGUCAGACAAGCAUUUGAUCAAAAAAUGGAAACCUGCAGGCAUGGCUGGAUCAGCAACAUGAGCACUGCCAUUCUCAGGCACACAUACCAUGAGAACUGUGCACUGAACUCAACCGGUUUCAUCAUCCACAUUCGCCAGGACCUGAACGAAUCUUUUGAUGCCUACUGCUUCGAUGAAACAGUGGGACCUGAGAUGAAUUGUGAUAAGGCGUUUGACAGAAAUCCAGGAAAACCUUCCCCAGAGCCUGGGCUACAGGUGUCCACUGCAGAGAAAUUAGAACCCUUUGAUGGAGUAACUGAAAUGACUUCACCGGGCACCGGAGCCACCCCAGAACCGGAGGCGGCUACCACGUCACCUGCAGUGGAGGACAGUUCACUUGAAUGGGGACACAAUGUCAGUGUUUUCUUCACCCUGUCUCCUUGGGACGUGGAUCAGCCCACUGGAUCUGGUAUGCUGCCAACCUUGUCUGAGGGGGAAACACUGACAACCAGUUCCCCUGGCGGAGAGACCAACCAAACACAGCUCCCUGUGGACAACAAGCAGGCUGACACCAAAGUAGACCCUGCACAACAACCUAACGACAAGAAAAGGAUGAAUGAGGUUCCACAGGCCGAUCAACGAGAGGGCAAUGAAUCAGGGAACUGGCUGGUCAUCCUCUGCGUUAUUGUGGCAGUAGCUGUUAUCUUCUUUGUGUGUGUGGCUGUUGCUAAAAGGAAGAGCUGGUGUGGCAAGAAGCAAACCCUGACGAUCACCUCCAAAGAGAGCGAGGGGAACGGAGCAGCGGGAGCCGUAGCAUCCAACUCCCAGGCCCAGGAGAGGGAGCAGGAAAUGGUGACCCUCAUGAGCAAGGAGAAGAUCCAGGAGAACGGCAACACAGAGGAGUUCACCGCCAUCACGCUAGAGGAGACGGCUGAUAAAGAGGUGUGAGGUCGGGCGGUUAAAUGGUGUUCUUAAUUGCUUUGGUGGUCAGCACUGGAUGGACACUCGGCGGGUGUUAGCACAUAGAUAUGUGUAUAGUAGAAUCUUAGCGAUGGCAUAUUGUUUCUCAUAAUAGUGAGGGGGGGUGGGGUGGGAAACAUGCGUAACUUGGGUGGGAGUGUGUUUGUGUGCCAGUUUUUGUGUCCAUGUAAUGUUUGUUUUCGACAAAAGAUUGAUUGCUUUUUUUUUUUAUAUGGAAGUGAGCCAAUCAGCCAAAAUGUGAGAAAACCCAAACUACGACAAUUAAAUUGAAUGAAAAAUCCUGUGUCAUAUCAAAUAUGAGCAAAACAAUCGUUAACAUCUUCUGUAUUUGUCCUGACAUUUCCACUAGACCAGGGGUGUCAAACGUACGGCCCGCGAACAGGUUUUAUCCGGCCCGCGGGAUGAGUUUGCUAAGUAUAAAAAUGAGCCAACAUUUUUGAAUGAAAGAAACCGCUGUUCUAAAUGUGUCCACUAGAUGUCGCAAUAGUAAUUAUUUGUAUCUUUGUAUAUUAUGCUACAUAUGUAAAAAACACACACAAAAAAACACAUGAUGGGUCGAGGAAAAUGAGCAAACUACAUAAAUAACAUCCUGUAAUUUGAUUUUGUUAUUAUUUUUUUUCAUCUUGAAAGAUUGAAAAUGAACACCAAUGAGUUGACUGAUGAACAUUAUCACAUAAUUUAUUCAGAAAGUAUAAAUAACGACAAAUAAAGAUAGAAUACUAUUAACCGCAAUAUGUAAGUGUGAAAAAAAAAAGCAACAACAUUAAGAUUUGUACAUUUUCAGAAUGUGCUUGCACUAUUUUUAAACAAAGAAAACAAUCUGAAGUUGUCCUUAUUUUUAAGUUAUCGUGCCGUGAUUUUACCAGUCCGGCCCACUUGGGAGUAGAUUUUUCUCCAUGUGGCCCCCGAUCUAAAAUGAAUUUGACACCCCUGGUCUAGACUAUAUUGUUUUUUUUUUUUAAAGACAGCUGGGCAUGUGCCACUAUUUUAAUUUAUGCCUAUGUAUAUAAUAUUGGGAACAGUUUUAUUUUGAAAUGCCCAUGCUGUCAUAUAAUAAAAUGAUGUGCCGUU